GACACGUCAAUUAAGUGCAUUUUCGUGUGUUGUGCGGUUCCCGUUCGCUUGCGCUUUAUUUUGCGCGGGACGAAGACAACGAAGAAGACGUGCUGCUCGAUCGGAGCUGUUCUGCUGUGUUGCCGGCUGUUGCUUGUCCUGUUAUUGCGGUGACAAAUUGGUGGAUGUGCUGGGUACCGUCCUAUGCACUAAUUUGACCUCCCGACGCUUCGAGUCCCUACCACCAUUCCCACUAUUCCGGAGGAAAACCGGGCACUUCGCCACAGCCGCCGCUUGCAAGGACUACCUCCUGAAUACAGCCCAUUGAGCCAAGUAAGGAUGUCCACCACAGGGGCAAGUGCAAGUCAGACUCAAGAAAGCGACACAGUCCAAUCCACCUCUAGUCCGAGUGUCGUCUACGCAGCGCGCAUUCCGAAGUCAUUUCAUGGCGACGUGUUCGAGGACGUGGAGGAUUGGCUUGAACACUUCGACCGAGUCGCUGCAGUCAAUGAAUGGAAUGACUCUCAGAAACUGCGCUACGUGUACUUUGCCCUGGAAGACUACGCUCGCACGUGGUUUGAGAAUCAUGAGGGCUCCAUCACUAGCUGGCAAGAAUUCCGACGACAGCUUCGCGAGACAUACAGCAGCCCCGAAAGGAAAGAAAAGGCCGAACAGGCUCUGCAGAGUCGGUUUCAGAAACCAAAUGAAAGCGUGGCCAUGUUUGUCGAGGACAUGUCGCGCUUGUUCCGACGCGCAGAUCCAGGUAUGGCCGAGACAAAGAAAGUUCGUCUCUUAAUGCGAGGGGUGAAAGAACAACUUUUCGCUGGACUCAUGCGUAACCCUCCAGCUACCGUCGCUGAGUUCGUAAGUGAAGCAACGACAAUGGAACGAGCGCUACAGCAACGCUCCCAACAGUACGACCGCCAAAGCACCGUCGCCGCAGUGUCAUGUUUCACCUGCGGACAUGAUUUAGCAGCACUCCGAGAGCUUGUGCGAACCGUUGUGCGUGAAGAGCUUGAGGAAGUUAGCAAAACUUCUUGUCAGCCGACUGUUACUGCGCUUGGUGACAUCAUUCGUGCCGAAAUGAGGACCAUGACCCAACCAUUGGCGCCAACGCGAGCGGAAGCCCCAGUGCUGACAUAUGCCGAAGCCGUUCGGAGCCCUCAACCAUCUACGGGACGACGUUUGCCUUGCCCUGUUUCAGCUCUACCACGUCAAUUUCCAGCUACAAAUGUAAACCCGUAUGAGGACGUAGGCCCGCGAGAUAUCAUGCGGAAAUCAAACGUGUGGCGCACCUCGGAUAAUCGGCCACUUUGCUACCACUGCGGCGAAGCGGACCAUCUGUAUCGUCAGUGCCCUUAUCGGAGGAUGGGCCUUCAGGGAUUUCACCCUAACGCUCGUCGACCAACUGCUGGUAUCAUUUUCACGUAACGCAAGCUCGCACGAAUGCAAUUCGCACAAGGUAGCGUUGCGUGUCUCUGAUGAUUCUGUGACCGUACCACCUCGUUCCAGUGUACUGGUUACCGUACUGAGCGACGUGGACCGAACUGCCCUUGGAGUUGUUGAAACCAAUGUGUCCAUCCUCUUCUCUCGUCAAGUAUGCGUCGUCCGCGGCCUCCUCGA